GAUGGGGGGGGGUCCCACCAGCGACUUUUUGGUGAUGGCGGGAAGCAGAAGUACCAGGUACUCGUACGUACCGUACGUACCGUCCGGUACAAUAUGUAUGACCGCAGACCGCCCGCAGACGUCGUUGGUGGACGGUACGUACCGUGCGUUACAUACAUACUCGUACUAGUUCUCGUACGGUACGUAGUUCGUCGGGAUUCGACACCGCAUGAUUGGUUUUUGGCACUACCGCGCAUGGAACGUGCGUACGAUUCCUACCGCAACAGCACCAAUCAACUUCUCUGCAAGUAUGGGGUUGUUUGGUAGGUACGUACCUGUUACGGUACGGCGCAAAACCCUAGCGAAAGGGGGCAUCGGAUGCAGUGGCUUCGCUUCGCUGUACGGUACGGUACAAGAAUGCGGUACUUUCCUGCGGUAGUACUACGAGUGCUCCUACUCCUACGAGACGGAUUGGCUCGAAUGCAUCGGCGGCGCACCGUCACGCGAGGCCCAGAGGUGCACGCGUUUGCCUUUCCUUUCUUCGAACGAACCACGGGGACGGGACGGAGGACCGAGCAGAAAGGAAUCGACUCGACCCGACGCCCGGUAGAACCGGCGGUGGCGGGAACCGGCAGAAGGCGCACCCUUGCUGCGGCGAAACCGGAAACAGGGUCGCCGCCAUAAACCGACCCGGACGAGCCACCAAAUCGAACGAAUCGAGCGAGGCAUCGAGCAAACGAAACGAAACCAACGCCGCAAGCGAAUCCACCGGCCUGUUCCACCAGAGCAAGCCGUCCGCCAUGGACCCCGAAAGUGCAAUGCACGGUGUGUGCCCCGGGGCCUCCCCCUGGGUGGGGGUCCCUUCCGCAGAGGGGGUCCUGCGCUUUCUCCUGGCCGUCUCGGUCGCCGUCUUUCUCGGGACGGCCUUCCUCCUGCAGGCCACGCUGCUGGAACUGGGGAUGCUCCGGUGCCGGAGGGCCCUGGCGGGGUGGCGGGCCGUCCUCUCCCGGACGGCCCUCCGGCAGGGCACCCUAGGGGGGCGGUGCUGAUCUGCGCAGCGCUUCGCUUUGCUGCGCUACAAAACUACACUACACUUCACUGCACUCCGGCACGGCAGGCCGCUCGUGGCAAGCUUGCAUGCAUGCUAUGGUUAUCCUAGGUGCUCCGCGGUGGUCUGAGCGUGGGCGCCGUUUGUCUUGCCGGGGUGUCCGCGCUUUGCCGCGAAGAGGCCCAACGCCAGCCCGAGGACCACCAGGGAGGCCCCAGCGACCGACACCACCACGAUGGCCCAGCGGGGCAUCAGACCGGCGGUUUCCUGUGGUGCGUUCUUGGCGUUGGUCUCGGCGGCGACGACCUCCCCCCGCUCGUUGACCACCGUCGGAACCGAGUUCUCGCCGCCGCCGCCGGCGUCCGUUUGGUUCGAAGCGAGAUCGGCGUCUGUUUCCUCCAAAAAGCACGAAAGCUCCUCGUCGUGAUAGCACUCGUAGGUGUCCUCCCCCCACACCUCCUUCAGUCGUUCGGACCGCUUGCAAGCCUUUUUGUAAAACCCGUAGUUGGCGGGAUUCUUGAGAUAGUAGUCUUGGUGGUAUUCUUCGGCUGUUCGAGACCGACCGAAAGAAGAGAUCACGCUAUGGUGAGAAUACACCAGACCGAGCGACGGGUUCCACACUUUUUUGCCGUCUAGACGGCGCACCUGCAACGCCCACAAUGCAUCGCAUUGCAACAUAACAACAUAACAAACAUAACAAUAGAAUACAGUAACACAGCACAGCACAGCACACAACGCCAAACAACCUCAGAACGCAGCACAAAGCAACCACCGGGCCGGACAGACUCACCCGUCCAGAACUUUGGGCGUUCGAGGAUCUGCGCCUCGAUGUCUUCCGCGCCCCAGUCGGGGCUCGACUCGAGGAUCUCGGUCAGCACGCGUUCGGCCGUUAUGCGCUCCUCUUCGGUCGCGUAGAAGAGUGCCGGGUAGUAGCUCGAGCCCCUGUCACAGAACUGUCCACCCCCGUCCAGCGGGUCCAUGUUGCGGUACGCAUAGUUCGCGAGGACCUCGUAGCUUGUUUUUUCCGGGUCGUAUUCCACGAGAACAACCUCGUAGUGCCCCGGGUGGUCCCGGUAGGCUGCGCGACACGAAAGAAAACAAAACGAAAGAAACAGCGGACGUUUGGCCGUAGCGGAGAUGAGAUAGACACAAACUAGAAGCAAAGACAUAAACACGCGCACACGCGCACACACAAACAAUCAAACAGCGACACACGGUGAUGGGUGAAGUUUUCCGCCGACGAAACCAGCUCAGCUCGGGACGCAAAUGAAACGACUGCCACCACCGCCACCACCACCGCGAAAACGAGGCAGGGGAACAGAACGUACUCGGGUGGUCGUUCGUCCCGCCGGCGUACCCGCUCACCACCUCCACAACGCCCGGGGCGUACUGCUCGAAGGCCUGCUCCCCGCACCAGAAGCAGCCCACGGCGGCGAGGAGCGACCCGUGUCCCUCCGCGACGGAAUAAUCGUCGGCGCUCGAAACCGCGGCCAGGGCGGCGACGAUCGCCGCGGCCAGGAGACCCGCGGCUGCGGGGCUUCCGCGGGGGAAGGCAAAGCGGUGCAUCGGGGUGGUGUGUCUGUGUCUUUCUGUCUGUGUGUUCCUCUCUGGUGUGUUGUUCGUUUCGGAGGCCGGUGUGGUUGUCGAUGCCAACUAUGGGGACCGAGGCUUCCGUUGUCUUGCUCGGGGGCCCGGGGGGCCGGCCUGGUUCUUCCGUACGAUACGGUACGUGUGUACUCUAGUAAACUCGGUCCAGGGCC